AGUUUCAGUUUGUUUUCAGUUGCUUAAUCGUUUGGUUGUGUUUCAACCGGUCAUCUCCAUGACAACGGAUCAAACAAUUGCUUGCUGAAAUUCAGGCUUCUAUUGCACAUAUAGCUUUUGCAGUUGUUUAAACAAUUCACAAAACCAACGACGUGGAACCAAUUUAAAAACUUCACAAUGGCUCAGAUUGAAGAACGAGUCAACGAAACAGAGAAACCUGUAAAGAAUGCAUGGCAGAUGAAAGCCAUGGAUGCAAAUCGCUAUGCGACUAAAAAAACGAUUGCCCAGGGAAUGCUGGAUAUAGCACUGUUAACAGCGAAUGCAUCUCAGCUGAAAUAUAUUCUACAAGUCGGGGAGCAGCAUCAGUUUUAUAAGCUGAUGUUAAUACUGAUAAGCCUGUCGAUAGUAUUACAGAUCUUGGCGGGCAUACUAAGUCUGUCUCUCAGUUUAAUGCGGGAUUGCCGAAUGCAUCAGCCAGAGUUCCAUCAAUCGGCCAAUGUGAUCAAUCAUGUGCGCACGGGUUUUGCGUUCUUUACAACAAUGAUAAAUCUCUUUAUAUCCGCAUUUGAUAGUCGCCUGCCUCCGUCACAGGGCGUUACUUUAAACGAUGUUAAUUAAAAUAUAUAACCUAUUGGUUGGAAUUCUGUUUGUGGCUAUCGGCAGUCUAAAUAUAAACAAACAACAAGACCAGAAUGCGGCAAUAAUAUUAAACGAUAUCAUAUUGGUGGUCAUCUUUGUAAUAUCUGUGGUAAAUGUUAU